AUGAAAAUAUAAAUAGAUAUGAAGAAAGAGUAGAUCAUUAAACAACUAAUUUUCUAAUUAAAAUAUCUGUUUUUUAUAUUAAUAAAAAGAUUAAGUAGUAAGAAAAGCAAAAGCAAUUAUACGAGCAAGAAAAAGAAAAAAUCCAAAAGAAAUUAGAUGAAACUAGAAAAGAAGUUGAAAAUUUGCAGUAAAGAUUUUUAAUAGAAAUAAAAUAUUCAUAAUUAUUUAUUUUGUUAGGAAAACUUACAAAAUGGACAUCAAAGAGCUAGAAUCAUAAAUAGAAGAUAGAAAUUAACAAAUAGAUUCACUAAAGAAAUAAAUUGUCGAUAUGAAGAAAACUAAAAAGAAAGGGUGUUGUGGUUGAAUUCUAAUCAUUUUAUUAUAAUAAGAGAUAUUCAAUCAAAUAUUUUAAAAAAUUAAAAUUUAUAUUAUUUAUCAAAAUUAAUUUAACAAAUUAUCAAAAUAAGUAAGAAAUUAAAAAUAUUUUAAAAAAUUUAUUUUAAAUUAAAUUCAUGUUUUUUUGUUGUUGCUUUUAAUACUAAAAAUUAUUCAAAGAGUUUUUAAAUUUUAAUAUUUUUAAAAAAAAUAAUAUUCGGAGCAAAUAAAUGA